GUUGAUUCAUUGUAUAGGGCAUGUGCGGUGAAUCCAGAUUCGAGAUUCCUCACUUUUCACUUUUCUAUGUCUGACUUCUUCUUGAACUUCUGAGGCUCCUCCUCUGUCCUUCUUCCCCUCCAAUGUUCUCUGUGAUUGCGACUCCCACUACCACUUAUCUCACAAACUCACUACCAUUAAUAUCUAAUCUGAAAGCUGCUGUGAGCCCCCUGCAGAUAGUGGAGAUCAUCACUGAUUAUUCUUCUCACUACCCUUCAAGAGAUCUUAAGCAGUUAUCAUUUGUGUGAGAAAAAAUCGGAUCUUCACGGUGGAGUUACAGUUUGAACUUAAAAGCCAUAAGAAACCAAGAGAGAAGUUCAUCAAGGCAUCCGAGCAUUGCAGAAAUGGAAAGCAGUGGAAAGCAUGCAGCAGAAAGGUAUGCGGUGGUUACAGGGUCAAACAGGGGCAUUGGUCGUGAAACUGUGCGGCAACUUGCAUCUCAAGGUGUGAAAGUUGUUUUGACAGCUCGAAAUGAGAAGAGGGGUAUGGAGGCUUUGCAGUCGCUCCAUGAGUCGGGUUUGACGAAUGUAGUCUUCCAUCUGCUCGAUGUUUUGGACCCAGUUAGCAUCAACUCCUUGGCCAAUUUCAUCCAGGAAAAAUUUGGCAGGCUUGAUAUCUUGGUUAAUAAUGCUGGAGCUUCUGGGGUUGUGGUUGAUGAGGAAGGCCUGAAGGCCUUAAACAUAGACCCCUCAGCCUGGCUCUCAGGGGAGGCUUACAAGUUGAUUGAACUUCACGGAGUGAUUAAAACAAAUUAUGAGAAAGCAGAAGAAUGCUUGAAUAUUAAUUACUAUGGUAUGAAAAGAGUAACAGAGGCUCUACUGCCACUAUUACAGCUUUCCCCUGCUGGUGCAAGGAUAGUAAAUGUGUCCUCUCUCAGGAGUGAGCUAAAGAGGAUACCUGGUGAGCAUAUAAGAAAAGAACUAAGCAACAUAGAGUCUCUAACCGAAGAAAGAGUGGAAGUGGUUUUAAGAAGAUUUUUGCAUGACUUGAAAGAAAAUGCACUUGAAGCCAAUGGAUGGUCAUUGAUGCUACCUGCUUAUAGCAUCUCCAAGGUCACCCUCAAUGCCUACACUAGAAUUCUGGCCAGGAAGUUCCCUAACAUGUGUAUCAACUGUGUUCAUCCUGGCUAUGUCAAGACAGAUAUAAACUGGAAUACAGGGAUAUUGACUGUAGAAGAAGGAGCUAGAGGUCCAGUUAUGCUGGCUCUUUUACCUGAUGGAGGACCUAAUGGCUGCUAUUUUGAUCGUACUGAAGUGGCUGAGUUUUGAUUCAGCUGUAUGUCAAAUCAAGUUUUUACUUCUGCUACUUGACCAACGGAAACUACAACAUUAUGCUUCAAAGUAAAGAUUUUGGAUAAGAACUACCUUCAUUUUGGAUAAAAAAAAUUUCAUCGCACGCAUGUGAUCAUGUGAUGAGACUAGUCAUUAUUAAUUAUUAUUACAAAAGUUGUGAUUUUUUUUUUU